CAUGGUUGGCCUCCAUUGGUGUGUGCACUACGCGUCCAAAAGCUCUGUACUGACUGGACAAUGUCUAGCUUUGCGGCUUCCGUCAUUUCACUUGGCAUGAUUCCAUGUGCAGGAAGCACGUGGUGGACGCAGAUCAUGUCGAGCUGACGUCCGAAGCUAGCCUUGUAGACUGUAUCGAAACAACGAAAGGACAUCACCGACGGGCCACUGUUACCAAGGAUGAGAGACUCGAAUCCCUGAAAUAAUGGCCUAUGAUCAAGAGUGUCUGGCUUGAUGCGCCAGUCUGGGACCCAUGAGGGGAAUCUUGCGCUGAAAGACUCAGGCGACCGCGGACGGGCAAGACGCGCUGCGAGGAUAGCGUUUCCCUUAUUUGCUGAUACGGCUGCUUGCGCGAAUUUGGUGUAUACCGAUUCCACAUCUUCCUCGUAGCUCACCGCAAUCAUAAUAGUGUCUUUCUCAGCCUCUUUGGAACCCGGCUCAGAGCUUCCAGUGGCUCGCAGAUCGGGCGCAAGAGCAAGUAGCGUGUACAGGAUAUCCCGGGAAUCGCCGCACACACUUGUGUCAAACACCUUGAGAAGAUCAAAAACCCCUGUAUUUGGGAAACGAGAAGCAACGAACCUUAGCGAUCUAUCCUUCUUGAAGUCAUAAUAGUCUGGGUCAGGUUCCGGUAGCAUGUCAACCUUCAUCCAAUAGUUCCACAGAGUGAUGAUCCGGCUCACUACUUUGAUUGAGGCUGAAGUGGUGAUUGGCUUGGUCGCCUUGUGCAGUGAUCUAAAAGCCGUCUGAAAGCGAAGCCAGGAAAUACUGGCAUUUCCGUAGAGGAACGUCACCUCGUGGUUCGAGACAAGCUCCUGCGUCGUUCGAGAUAGAUUCGCCAGCAUGUCGAUAGCGUAUUCAACAAGCGCUUCUCCCUGCCCUAGCCAUGUCACCACACCCCUCGCUUUACGAUAUAUAUCUCCCAUCAUGGGUAUCUGGAAACUUUUCUCCACGUUGUCUUGCUGAUUGAUACAAACAGCAUCAACCCACAGAACUCGAUCCUGAGCAAUUUUUCGCAGCUUCGCUAAUGCGUCCUUCAGAUUUGAACUAAUCUUCAGAUAGGAGUCGGGGUCUUCGUUGGUGUACAAUUCGUGUGGGAAGACUGGAGCCCCCCAGGUGUAAGAGAGGGCUUCAUAUGUAUCAUCGACUUCGUCGAUAUUGCUAGUCUGGAAGUUAAACUUGAGCGGCGCAUCGGGGUUUGCAGACGGUUUGAGGACUAAGAGCCGGAUAUGUCGCCUAGAGGGUAGGUCUGAGUACACGUAGGACAUGUCGGACUGAGAAAGAGUAAAAGACACAACGCUUGGUAGACUUGU